UCUCUGGUCCAAUCCCUGCUUCUAUAGGGAACUUGAGCCACUUGUCUACUCUUUUAUUAUGGAGGAACAAUCUUUGUGGAUCUAUCCCUUCUUCUAUAGGAAACUUGAGCAAUUUAGCCGGUUUAGACCUUAGCGAAAACAAACUUUCAGGAUCCAUUUGUCAAGAGAUUGUGAUGCUUGGAUCUCUUAGUUAUCUUUCUCUUUUCAAGAACAAUCUCUCUGGUCCAAUACCUGCUUCUAUAGGAAACUUGAGCCACUUGUCUACUCUUUAUCUAUGGGAUAACAGUCUUUGUGGAUCUAUCCCUUCUUCUAUAGGAAACUUGAGCAAUUUAGCCAAUUUAGACCUCAGCAAUAACACACUUUCUGGACCUAUACCUGAAGAAAUUGGAAAGUUGGGAUUUCUUAGUGAGCUUGCUUUGUACAUGAACAAUCUCUCUGGUCCAAUACCUGCUUCUAUAGGAAACUUGAGCAACUUGUCUAUUCUUGUAUUAUCGGAGAACAGUCUUUGUGGAUCUAUCCCUUCCUCUAUGGGAAACUUAGGAAAUUUAGACAAUUUCGACCUUGCCAAAAACAAACUCACUGGUUCAAUCCCUGCUUCAAUUGGAAACUUGACAAAGCUCACUGUGUUGAGUUUGUACAUAAAUAAAUUAUCUGGCUCCAUCCCUUUUCAAUUUAAUAAUCUAACAUAUUUGAAGUACUUGACAUUUUCUGAAAACAUGUUGUCCGGGUAUCUUCCUCAAAAUGUUUGUUAUGGUGGAUCACUUCAAAACUUUUCAGCAUAUGACAACUAUUUCAUAGGUUCCAUUCCAAAAAGUUUGAGAAACUGCACCAGUUUAAUGAGAGUGAACUUGCAUGGAAACCAUUUAGGAGGAAAUAUAUCAGAAGAUUUAGGCAUUUACCCGAAUUUGAUAUAUAUUGAUUUGAGAUAUAAUAAUUUCUAUGGAGAACUUUCUCAAAAGUGGGGGAAGUGCCAAAGUUUGCAAAGCUUGAAAUUCUCCAAUAAUAGAAUUUCCGGUGUAAUUCCUCCUCAGCUUGGAGGAUCCAUCCAGCUACAUUUGCUUGAUCUCUCCUUCAAUCAUAUAGUCGGGCAGAUUCCAAAGGAAUUAGGAAGUUUGACGUCAUUGUUUCUACUUAAUCUGGGUGGUAAUAAACUUUCAGGUAGUAUUCCAUUGGAAAUUGGAAUGCUAUCCAAUCUACAACAUCUUAUUCUCUCAGCCAACAAUUUAACCGGAUCAAUCCCUAAACAAAUAGAAGGGUGCUCAAUAUUGUUGAACUUAAGUUUAAGCAAAAAUAAACUUAGGGGGGCUAUUCCCUCUGAGAUUGGAAAUUUAAACUCUCUUGAAAUGCUCGAUUUAAGUGAGAAUUCACUUAUCGGGAAAAUACCACCUCAACUUGGAGAUAUGCAAAGGUUAGAAACAAUGAAUCUCUCCCACAAUGAUCUGUCUGGCUCCAUUCCCUCCACCUUUGGUGAAAUGUCUGGAAUGUCAAGCUUGAUCAGUGUUGAUAUAUCAUACAAUCGAUUGGAGGGUCCUCUUCCCAACAAUAAAGCCUUUUGUGAGGCUCCGUUUGGAGCAUUAAGAAAUAAUAGUGGUUUGAAGGCCUGCCCCACUUCUAUUACCAGGAGCAAGAAUUAUGGAGAGAAAAGGAAAAAUAAAGUUGUGAUUUUCUUUAUUGUUCCUAUCUUAGGCGCGAUGUUUCUAUCAUUGAUUGUAUUUGGGAUUCUUUACCAUGUUCUCAAGCGCCAAGGUAAGAGGAACAAGCUAAACAGUCUAAGAGAAGCUCAAAAUGGUAAUAUGUUUGAAGUUUGGAGCUAUGAUGGGAAAAUGGUUUAUGAAAGUAUCAUUGAAGCAACGGAGGGAUUUGACUCCAAACAUUGUGUUGGAGUGGGAGGGUGUGGAAGUGUUUAUAAAACGGAGCUACGAACAGGUCAAGUUGUUGCUGUGAAAAAAUUUCAUUCAAUACAAGAUGAUAGGAUUGCUAAUGCAAAGGCUUUUGAAAAUGAGAUUCAUGCUCUGCUAGAAAUUAGGCAUCGCAACGUAGUAAAGCUUUAUGGCUUCUGCUCACAUCCACGACACUCAUUUUUAGUUUACGAGUUUUUAGAAGGGGGAAGCUUGAAAGAGAUAUUGAGCAAUAAAAAAGAGGUAGUUAAUUUUGAAUGGGUCAAAAGGGUGAAUGUAGUAAAAGGCGUGGUUGAUGCUUUAUCCUACAUGCAUCAUGAUUGCUCACCUCCGAUAGUUCAUCGAGACAUAUCAAGCAAGAACAUCAUGUUGGAUUUGGAAUAUGAGGCCCACAUCUCGGAUUUUGGCACAGUUAAGUUUUUAAAUCCUGGCUCAUUGAAUCGGACUUCAUUUGCUGGAACAUUUGGAUACACUGCCCCAGAACUUGCAUAUACGAUGGAAGUGAAUGAGAAAUGCGAUGUUUAUAGUUUUGGAGUGGUGACAUUGGAAGUGAUCAUGGGAAAGCAUCCAGGAGAUCUCAUCUCACUUCUCUCAUCAUCAUCGUCAUCAUCAGCAACAACUUCAACUGCCUGUGGUAUACUAUUGAAGGAUGUGUUGGAUCAACGACUUGAACCUCCUAGAAAUCGAGUCGCAAGGAUAGUGGUGUCUGUUGCAAAGCUUGCAUUUGCAUGCCUGGAAACUAAUCCUCAAUCUCGUCCGACCAUGCAGCAAAUUUCCCGGGAGCUAUCUAUCGAAAGAUCUCCUCUGUCAGAGAUGUUUGGCGAGAUUACCUUGGGACAAUUGUUGGUGUGAUCAUGCUCAAGUGUAUUCCACACUUUUUAUUUUUUUUAUUUAUUGUACUGUAUUAGGAUGAGUUAUGUAAAUUAGAAUAUUGUUCGUUUGGAUCAAAUUUAUAAUAUAAUAAAAAAAAAAUUUUAAAAA